UAAAAUAUUUUUUUUAUACGUAUUUUUUUAUUUACAAUAUAUUUUUUGUAGUCGUUUUUGCGAAUGAAUCCGUUGCGACGUCAUCUGGAGUCUCGAGAGUUCGGUGAUUAAACAUUAACCUGUCUGUAGCAGUCGAGAGUGUCGAGGUCUGUUUUGAUUUUACUUGAGAGGAGAUAAUGGGAUAUAGCAGGUUUAAUUAAUUAAGAAAGAACGGGGUGCGAACCCGACGAAACGUAUAAUAUCUAGUUUAAAAAGAAGACGAAACCUUUAAGGAAAUACCAAGCUUUUCGGAUGACAAUGACAGCGAGGGAGAGAAAAUGUCCAAGAAGAAAAUUGACGAAACAAAGAUUAUUCAGAAACUCCGUGAGAGACCGGCUGGCGUCGAUAUUGUUGGUUUGGCGCUCGGAGAAAGCGUAUCCAAUUUGUUGAUGUCGGAUUCCUUUAAUAUAAAAACUGGAGGAAAAUAUGGCUGUGCUGAAGAAUGCUGAAGAAUAUAAGCCGAACGACGUAUACAACAUCGGCAUUAGAACACAAUUUAACAUGGAGACAAAUAAACGCGACGAAGAAAUGGUCAAGUAUAUAGAAGAAGAAUUGUCAAAGCGCAAGAGUAAAAAUAAUAACAAUGCAGCAAAUAGUACAAAUAAUAAUAAGGGAUCAUAUUGCUUGCCAGAGGAAGCAGCGUUGCGUAUGAUACCAGAACAGGCAGAGUUUGAGGCAGAGCUCAACCAAUCGUAGUAAGAAAUGCUUUUGAAUCAAAUGCUAUCUGGUAUUCCAGAAGUUGAUCUUGGCAUAUAAGCCAAAAUUCGUAACAUUGAAGCUACAGAGGCGAAAUUUAAACUUCUUUGGGACAGAUACAGAAAAAAAAUCACAGCUUGUUUCUGCAAAUAUAGCUGUGAAUUUUGUACAACACAACAGAUUCAACAUAGAAGACUCAGAUUCCCAAAAGUUGCAGCAGGAAUCCAGCAACAAGAAAAAAUGCACCAAAGAAGUUAUUUGAGGAAAAUGGAAAAGAUAACGGAGAGAAGGUGAUGGAUGAUUACCAUUAUGAGAGAUUUAAAAAGCAAUUCAGACAAUUUUGAAUUAGACUUGUAUAAUUAAUUAUGUUAUUAUACUCUUUGAAUUUACAUAGGUAAACAUUGAUGAUUUUUUAUAUCAUCUUUUUUUAAUUGUAAUUUAAAUUUAAGAAUCAAAAAAUAAAAAAAGAAUCAAGGAACAAUACAAUAUUAUGAUAAUUUUAUUUCUAUUUGCAUACAUUAUCCAUCGAAAGGCAUCCAUUAAAAUAUGUACGUUUUAAGCUACGUUAAGCUUUGCGCUGCAACUACAUUACGUCCAUAUUUCAAUCGCACGAAAAAGUGAUGGCCGCUCUCAGGCUUCUCUCUGGUCGCACAUAAAUCUGUUGAAAACAUCUGUUGGAGUUAAUUAAAGAAAUGCACGAGAAAAAUCAUACGAUUUAAUUUAAUUCCGAAUUGUGGCUCGUAAUUCUAAAAACAAGGAUAGAAUAAUAUCAGAGCAUUCGAGUAAUAUUUCCGAACGCAGCCAAGUGAUCUUGUAUCUCGUCCGGCUGUAACCCGUUGUGCCUGAACUCGCAUCGUGCACAAUGCUAGAUGUUUCACCAAGAAUCCUCCUGUCGUUUCGUUUCAUCGUCCCCCACAUGACAUUCAUUCCCACUGUUGCUGGCCGCCGACUAUGAGUGCCGGAGAAUAUGAUGAGGACCUGUCGGAGAAUCGGUUCCUGCGGGAGCUGCGGGACGAGCACGGAGCCAUGUUCGAGCGAGCCGUUCAAGAGAGCUGGAUCGUCUGCGUUCCGCGCAGCGGCAGCUUCGCCGGUCGUAAGCUGCGAAAGGACGAUAUCAAGGCUCACAUCCUGAUCCCUGGGAACCAGGAUCGCUCCGUCGCUCGCUUCAGUAACCUGAACGGCAGAGAGAUUCUGCUUGAGGAUCGAGUCCUGUACAUCGGGCAGGACGACGCGGAACGAUAUUCCUCGCGCCUACUCUUCGAGGAGGUCUUCUACAGUGAUGACUUUCAUAAAUGUUACGUAUGGUGUAUCGAACGGCCCCUAGAGGCCAGCAUGUACGUCUCGGACAACUGCAUGAGCGUGAUUACGAAUCUCCAGGAGGCUGUAAAUUUUCUUCAGGCGGAGCUGCUUGAUAGGCAGCUGUGUGAGAACUUUGAGACUAAAAUUAAAGACUUCUUGCACGCUAAUAAGCAUCUGGAAUGCAAAUCAUUGCAGGUGCAAAGGGAUCUGAUGCACGAGCUGUAUGCAGAUUGCCUCGAGAUGCUGCUGGAGAAUGACACGACGUCGAGAGAUACAUCUUCGCCCAAGAAGCAAUAUCAGUGGAACCUCAAAUUGUCAUUGGAGACGUACAUUCUCUAUGCUUUGAGAGACGUGCUGCUGAAAUCGUUGUCGGCCGGCACUGCCGUCGAGGACGCGAGUCUGAACAAGAUUAUCAGGAACCUGGAUGGGAUUCAGUUGAACGAUCUCCGAGUACGGUCGGAUCUGCAGUCUCGCGUCCACGGCGGGAAGAUCGAGCUGUCGCGACUGGACUGCUACGUGACCGUGCUAGGCAAGAUCGAGUGUCUCAGGAGGACCGUGAAUUACGUAUCGCGCGGCACGUCGUCGUCCGUCACGUCGGACGAUCUCCUGCCGGUGCUCAUCUACUUCGUCGUCAAUGCCGGCCUAUCCAACUGGACGGCACAGUUAUAUUUCAUGAGACAAUUUCGUCUCUCCGCGAGUUCCGCUUACGAGGCGGACGAAACUGGUUUCCUGAUAACUUCACUGGAGGCGGCAAUCGCACACAUCAAGUCCGGAGUAAUCUACGGCGAAGACAAAUGCGCGACCAAUCCAAACAAGUACGAUCAAUCGGAACGUUCGUCCGUCGGUUAUUUGUUCGCGUGCAUCAAGAACGGCAAUCUGUCCGAGGUGAAGAGAAUUUUGACUUACGAUGAAUCUAAGCAAGUCGAUGACAUCACGCUCUGCCAUCCUCUGUGCACUUGCGCGUCCUGCGAGCGGAACUGGACGAAGCGACGGGACCUGAACGCGUCUUGUCCCAAGGACGACAAGGGUCUCACGCCAUUGCACGUCGCCGUGCUGCACGAUCAGCUGGUAAUCGUGGACUUUCUUCUCGACCGCGACACGGACCUAAACGCCGCGGACUCGGACGGCAUGACGGCCCUCCAUCACGCUUGCGCCAAGGGCCACCAGAACAUCCUGCUGUUGCUCCUGCACGCACAUGCAGAUCCCGCAGUGACGGAUUUGCGGGGAAAUACGCCGCUGCACCUGGCGGUAGACCGCGGUCACGAGAGCUGCGUGAAGGCAUUACUAUAUCUAUCGGAACACAUGAGGACGCCUAUCGACGCAAACAUCGCCAAUGACAAUGGCGACAUGCCGCUGCAUCUUGCAGCUAGGUGGGGAUAUCACGCGAUCGUCGGGAUUCUUCUGGAGUACGGCGCGAACGGCAGGAUGAUCAAUAGAAAGGGUCAAACGCCGUCAGCAGUGACGUAUAGUGCGACUAUCGUCGAGUUGCUUAGAUGUAACGCGGCGGUGUCGAACAACAUCUGCGACGACCUAGUUGCCUUGCCCCAGCGGCGAACAACCCUCGUGCAGCCUCAACAAUCAGUACCUUUUCAGCAGCAGCAACAGCAGCAGCGUCAUCGAAUUACGGUGGAGACCAAAAGCCCGUCGCACUUCGACGCAAUGCAGCACCGCAUGAUGGACAAACUACUCAUUGCCAUCGUUGACGGUGAUAUAUGCCUGGCGUGUUACUACCUGGGACUGGAGGUCUAUCGCGAUCGGCCACCGGGCGGCCGCGCGAGUCUUUGCCAUCACCCGCUCUGUGACUGCGAGCGAUGUUCGGCGAUCGGUGAUGGCAAGUUGGAGAACUGCGAACAGAAGCAACGGGCGCUCGCGAUCAACACUAGCAACAGCAUGGGCGAGACGGCGUUGCACGUAGCGAGCGCGACCGGACGUACCAAUAUGGUACAAUUGCUGCUGGACGCUGGCGCCAACGUGAACGUGAUAACCAAGUCGGAGGGUCGUACCCCGUUGCAUCUGGCGUGUCUCAAUGACCGUGUCGACGUGGCGAAGCUGUUGCUAAACUGCGCAACCUGCGAUGUGGACGCCAAAGAUCACAACGGCGAUACACCGUUGCAUCUGGCGUGCGUGGCCGGCAACAUCAAGUCCGUUGGUCUCCUGGUCCGAUGUGGUGCAUGCGCCAACGCGUGCAAUCUACAGAACAAAACUCCACUGCGGGAAGCAGAGGAGAGAUUAUCCGUCACUUUUUCUGCGAAUCGUACUGGUAUACUGAAGAUUCUGAAGCAAAACUCGACACAGCCGGCUGACGAUUGAUUCAGUCAUUCAGUUUUCUCGUGUCUUAAACUGUUUCGUCUUUUCUACGUCUUUUGUAUGUCUUUCUUAUCUCAUGGAUUAGUCACCAAACAGUUCAUCUAAAAGUAGCUUUAACGUAAUACUCGCAUAAUCUCUUCAUCUGAUAUUCCAUUAUAAUUGAUCCACAGAUAAACGAAAAAACAUUCAUUCUCAUGCUUACUCUAAUAUACUGAAGACUGUACUGAGUCAAAUCUCUGCACAGAAGGACAAUGAUUAAUUUUUAUUCUAUAAGCGAUUCUGUUUUUAUCUUUUUACCUCAUAGAUGUGAUUAGCAGUAGCUUCCAGUAUACUUCCAACUUUCGAGUGUGACUUAACUCUGGUCUAUUAGCAUUACAUGUAACAUCGCACGUUCUAAUUGCGAUUCUAAAAUGAAAUCUCGUACGGGCCUUGAUACAUUUUUUUCCAAACUGAACGAGUUUUCUUUAAAAUCGCUUGCACAAAUUGUAACACUAAGUAACACUAAUGAGAUUAACAGAUAUUAGUAAAUACAUGAGACAAGCAGUGCAAUAUAAAUGAGAUAACAGAUAACAAAGUUUUCUAUCCUAUUUUAUAUGUAAUCAGAAGAGAGCCAUAAAAAUAUAUAUUUGAAGUAAUAUAUUUUACAUUUUGUGAUAAUAUAUAUAUGUUCUGUAUUUGUGUGUACUAUUUAUACAAUUUGGAUACUUGAGACAAAGAAAAUGUACAAAGCAAAUGUAUAAAAAUAUAUUUAAAAUAUAUUACCUUUUUAACAAAUUAAAUACAUAAAA